GGGUCAGGCAGGGUUUACAGGGUUCCUAGCCGAGUCACACCCAGCCAAGAUCAGGCAGGGUGAGUCUGGGGGACCGAGGCCCCACGCCCCGCCCCGCCCGACUUUAAAAAGUGAGGCCGGCCUCGGGGCGCAGGCGCAGAUAGCGCAGGCCCGGGCCUCCAGCCGCGGGUCGACAGCAGCCGGGCACGCUCCGGCCGCGCCUGCUCAUGGAGGGGCGUGCGAGCCCCCCGACCGAGGCCCGCGCCCUCCCCAAGGCGCCCGUGCUGUUCCGCGGCCCUGUGGAGCCGCUCGUCUUCCUCGCCAACUUUGCCCUCGUCCUGCAGGGCCCGCUCACCACGCAGUACUUGUGGCACCGCUUCAGCGCCGACCUGGGAUACAAUGGCACACGCGAUCGGGGGGACUGUGGCAACCAUACCGCGAACCCCAUCCAGCAGGAAGUGGAGACCCUCACCUCCCACUGGACCCUCUACAUGAACGUGGCUGGCUUCCUGGUGGAUCUUUUCUCGUCCACCCUGCUGGGAGCCUGGAGUGACCGCGUGGGCCGCCGCCCUGUACUGGUGCUCACGUCGCUUGGCUUGCUGCUCCAGGCCGUGGUGUCUAUAUUUGUGGUGCAGCUGCAGCUCCACGUUGGCUUCUUCGUGCUGGGCCGCAUCCUUUGUGGCCUCCUUGGCGACUUCAAUGGCCUCCUAGCUGCUAGCUUUGCCUCCGUGGCAGAUGUUAGCUCCACCCACAACCGCACCAUCCGAAUGGCCCUUCUAGAAGCCUGUAUUGGAGUGGCCGGCAUGCUGGCAAGCCUCCUGGGAGGCCACUGGCUCCGGGCCCAGGGUUAUGCCAACCCCUUCUGGCUGGCUUUGGCCUUGUUGAUAGUCAUGAGUCUCUACGCAGCAUGGUGCUUUGGGGAGACUGUGAAGGAGCCAAGGUCCACGCGGCUCUUCACACUCCACCACCACCGAUCCAUCGUCAAGCUCUAUGUGAAUCCAGCCCCCGAGAAGUCCAGGAAGCAUAUAGCCCUGUACUCACUGGCCAUCUUCCUCGUGAUCACAGUGCACUUUGGGGCCCAGGACAUCCUGACCCUCUAUGAGCUGAGCACGCCCCUCUGCUGGGACUCCAAGCUGGUCGGCUAUGGUUCUGCAGCCCAGCACCUCCCCUACCUCACCAGCCUGCUGUGCCUGCGGCUUCUGCAGUAUUGCCUGGCUGACACCUGGGUGGCUGAGAUUGGCCUGGCCUUCAACAUCCUGGGGAUGGUUGUCUUUGCGUUUGCUACUAUCACACCCCUCAUGUUCACAGGGUACGGCUUGCUCUUCCUGUCAUUAGUUAUCACUCCUGUCAUCCGGGCCAAGCUCUCCAAGUUGGUGGGCCAAUCCGAGCAGGGUGCUCUCUUUUCUGCUGUGGCCUGCGUCAAUAGCUUGGCCAUGCUGACGGCCUCUGGCAUCUUCAACUCGCUCUACCCAGCCACUCUGAACUUCAUGAAGGGAUUCCCCUUCCUCCUGGGAGCUGGCCUCCUCUUUAUCCCAGCCAUUCUGAUUGGGAUCCUGGAAAGGAUUAAUCCCCACCCUGAAUUCCAGCAGUUUCCCCAGAGCCCCUGAUGUGCCUGGAUCACAGGACCAGAGUGAGCCCAGCCUGACUGUGAAUCCGCCCUCAGGUGCUGGCCCCCCACAGCACCUGCACCUCUCCUUCAAGGACAGCAGCGUGGACCACCUGGGGCAGGGGUCUGUUCACCCUUCUACCCCCCAUCACCCUUGGCUGUGUGAGAGAGGAGAGGUCUUGGAGGUGACACAUCAGGGCCGAGGUGAAGCAUGGGGGCUGGUAUCUGUCCAGCCCACAUUGCAAAGUCCACAACAUUAGGUUUCCCUCUCAUGGCUGGUGGAUCUGAUCAGUGCUGGCCUCAGGGAGUAGUGGGAGAGAACUGGCUCCCCCUGUAGGAAGAAUGCUGCUGUCACUAUAGUUGGAAAUUAAACCUGAUUAUGGCCUGCCUACACCUGGGUUUAACAGUACCAGUUAUCCUAAUAAAUCAGUUGAGUCAAGCUGAAAAGAAUCUCCUGGUCCCCAGGGCAUUGUGCUUGGGGUCGUUUCUUUUCUUGCUUCUGGUCUAUCUGUCAUGGGUCAGAUAGCAGCAGUAGCUGGCCUGGGCCAAUGCUCCUAAGCUGUCUGUACAAGUGGCACUGGGUGUGUCCUGCCAACCCCAUCUGACUUCUCGCAACUCCUGGGUGAUGUGGAAAGCUUUCAUCAGGCCAGCAUAAAAGCAUGGGGCAAGCAGCAAUGGUGGCACACACCUGUGGUCCCAGCUACAGGAGGUUGCAGAAGAAGACUAUUUGAGCCCAGGAGUACAAAGCCAGCCUGGGCAACAUAGCAAGACCCUGGGUCCAAACAAAAGCAGAAUGAGCUUAGACACAGCCCCAGCUGCCCAUUCCUGAUGAUCAGUCUGACACAUUCCUUGGAGGUACCCAUACUGGUCUUUCUGGCUGCACCAGCCCAGACAGGUCAGAUUUUGUUGCCACUCAACUCUCAGAUAACUCCCACUGCUGAGCACUGCAGCAGAGCCACAUGCUGUUCCUCUGGAAGUCAGCAGGAACCUAGGAGCCAGUUUUCUAUAUAAUCCAAGGCCCAGAUUCCCAAAGAAUGAGGAGCCCAUUCUUAGGGAGUUGAAAGGCAGGAUCUUACUUAACAGUAAGCCACUGGAUUUGAUGAAGACUGUAAUUCCCCCAAGCAGACCCAAUUCAGUGGGUAGUCAACUCUGCCAACCGGAAGUGCCCAUUACAGCUUGGCCCUGCUGCUGUUUCUCCCCUCUUUCUCUCUCACCUGUCCUGCAAGCCAGUUUCCUGACGAAAUCACACAGGUGAAAUGGGGUUAUCCCAGGGCCUCUGCAGCCUGGAUGCAUUUCCAGAUUCCCCCUGCACUGUCCCCUCUGCGGCUGGAAGAUGUAAGCACCGUAAAGCUGUGAGAGGAGAGGAAGACAAAGGCUCCAACCCACCAUGAUCCUUAGCAAGCCCCCCUAGGAAGGGCAGAGCCCUGAGCUGUCUGAUCACGGGCCUCCACCUGGUGGGACAUGUUGGGAAGCACACUUGCCUGAUGCGCUGAGACCUUCCUACCCAGUACAGUCUAAAAUGAGAUGCCAGUCCUCUUGGGCCUGGGUAAGGAUGAACGAAUUGUGCAUGGACUUUCUGCCUCUGAAUGUCCCUGAGCAGUUCAUGGCCCUUGGGAAAGGGAAGGUGAGGUAGGGAAGGGACCUUGCUGCAUCAGAUGCCCAGCCGAACAUAGUUCUGGAGAAGCAGGCUCUGGAGAAGGAUCAGUACUGAGGGACCAUGUCUGGGAGGGGUGGCAUCAGGCUAAUGCUACCUGUAUUGGCUACAGGUGAUCAGUAUUUGUAGGGGGGCUGUCACCCUGAACACACUGGUCUGAGUGGGCUUGAGGAUGGGCUCUGCUUACUCUGGGAGACAGAUAAGAGCAAAAAGGUCAGCCAGAAGCCCAGAUAGUGGACGUAGACCUCAGUGGAGAGUGUACUGAACAGAAGAAAACCCAGCAAUUCCUCAGCACUACUCUCGGGGCCCUCCUCGGGGAGUGAGCUGAUUGAGGACAAAGAGAUGGAAAGUGUCCCCUAAGGGUGCUCAUAAACUAUUCUGUGAUGGACUCUAUUCUGUGGGGGCAAUAGGCAGUCUGCCUCAUGCUCACAUCCAGGACAGAGUCCGACCUGUACUAGCAAACACGUGUGGAAGAGGGAGGAUUCACCUGCUCAGAGCCACAGCCAGGCCAGGAUCGGCGGGAGAUGGGAUGUAUUCCAGGGAGGGAAGUGGAAGGAAGACUCCCAGGCCUGGAUGAGGCUUGAUUUUCUGGUGCUAUGGGCCUAAAAGCACAAGCACCCAGGCCUGAUCCACAUGUGAGGGGUCUGCAAGCAGUGCCAGCCUCAAGGUGCCUUUGGAGGGGAGCAGUGCCGUGGGAACAGCCAGCUCCACUCUCUGGUUGCUGGAGGAAGGGCACUUUUCCCCUUCCUACUCCAGUGGAGGGAAGGGCAAAGGGAUACUCUUGUUCUGCUAUUUCUGUGUGGCUCCUGGGUUGGGAUUUGGGAAACUAGUCCCAGCGCCAAAAUCUCUGAGGCAGGGGACCACCAUGGCCCUGCCUGGGGCACAACCUCCAGGAUGAAUCUUGGGACAGCAGGAUCACCAGCAAUGGCUGGGUGCUGGGAGGCCUGGGGUUGCCUCUAAUGGCUUUGGGACCUGGGCUCAUGACCAUACUGGGUAGGGCUCCUGUAAUGUUCAGAUCUUGAGUGCAGAGCCUGGGAAGUAGCAAGGAUUCGUGGGGGACUUGAUGCGCGGUGUCAUCUGUUGACCCCCAUUGGCAUUCUUGGGAAUCAGAAAUGCAGACCCUCGAACCCCACCUGAGAUCUCCUGAGUUGGAUUUUAACAUGAGUCUGAAUGUACUUUAUACUUGGCAAAACUGCCCUACGUCAUAACCCUGGCCCUUCCAAUCCUGCCUCUUCGCACUGAGCUGUAGGCUCUCCCCAGGCUGCCAGGUGGCUGCCUGGUCCCCCUCUUUCCUCAGCAAGUGGGGGUGAAGCCCUGGGUAGGUGAGGAACUAAGGAAGCUAGCAGGCCCAUGUCAAGCGGGAGCCUUAGGCACAGCACCAAGCAUGUGGUGGGACAGGCUUGAGACAUGGCCUCCCCUGACCAGGCCCAAGCAAGAGAUUCCUGUGCCACAGAUCAGCAAGAAGGGUAGCUCAUGCCAGCCUUGAACCAGGAUGUGGUAAAGAAGGCUGCCCUGGAGGAAGACUGGGAAGGCCAUUGAGUGGUUACAGGGCAAGGCCAUAAGGCAGCAGGAAGUGGUGAGCUAGAGCCAGGCACAGUCUGGGUCAACUGUCAUCCUUGGCUGCCUCCUGGGC